AUGUCAAUGACGGCCGUCGCUUGUCCUCAUCUGUCUCAGAGCUGUGAGCUAUCGCUGCCCUGCUGUGCAGACGGAGGGUCGCCGUCGAGCGCCAAGGCCCACCAAGUCAACGGGGUCAGAGUUCAGCUGGAGAUGCAUGCACUCUGGCAGCAGUUUGACCAGCUGGGCACGGAGAUGAUCGUCACCAAAGCCGGAAGGAGGAUGUUUCCAACGUUCCAGGUGCAAAUCUCCGGGAUGGAUCCGACCGCCGAGUACGUCCUGCUCAUGGACUUUCUCAUUGUCGACGACAAACGAUACAGGUACGCGUUCCACAGCUCAUCCUGGUUGGUGACGGGACGAGCGGAUGUUGUCGCCCCGAGCCGGAUGCAUUUCCACCCAGACUCACCCGCCUGCGGAGCCCAGUGGAUGAAGCAGACCGUCUCCUUCGACACUCUCAAGCUCACCAACAACCUGCUGGACGACAACGGGCACAUGAUAUUGAACUCCAUGCAUCGCUACCAGCCGCGCUUCCACGUGGUCUACGUGGAUCCGGCUCCCAACAGCCACUUAAACGCGUACAGGAACUUCUGCUCUUUUUCCUUCCCCGAGACGCGCUUCAUGGCCGUCACUGCCUAUCAGAACCACAGGAUCACCCAGUUAAAAAUUGCCAGCAACCCAUUUGCUAAAGGCUUCAGGACGACGGACCCCCAGAACCGGGUGGGUUAUUCUGGACCCCUGGCAGUGUGGUGUCCACCAGAGGGCAGAGCUGAGCUGCUCUCCAGCAAACCUGGAGAGCAGAGCAUCUGGGGCUCAAAGACCACAACCGGAGAGGAGGACCCGGCUCUGUUGCUGGGGGAACCGUGUGGACUGUUUCACCACUGUAAAGACUCUGUGGGACUCACCAUGGAGGUGAAAGAUGGGGAUGGCGUGUUGGCAGCGGCUUCCUUCCUCCCUGUUCCUUCUUACUGGGACUGUCCGGGGUCAUCUGAGCAGAGAGGCAGAAGUCGUGCGAUAUUCGUGUUUAACUUGACGGUGGCGAUGCUCGCUGCUCCCGCAGCACAGAAGGAUGCAGCGGGGUGGAUGGAGGAGGAGGAGGAGAAGGUGAAAGACUGGAAGGCGGAGAACUGA